AUGGCGACCAUUACCAAGACGAUCCUGGACGCCGGCGAUGAGACGCAGCAUGUCUGCAAGUACGAUGAGGUUGCACUCGAAUAUACAGGAUGGGUCAAGGAUGAAAAGCAGCCAGAGGGGAAGGGUGUGCAAUUCGAUACAUCCGUCGGGCGCGGAGACUCUGUCAUUGUAAUAGGCUCCACUCAUGCUCUUCCCGGUUGGGACAUCGGCGUCCUAGGUGACUACACUCCUUCAGGCUCCAGCGAGAAAGCCGGUCCCAUGGCUCUGAACGAGAAGGCAAAGUUUGAGUUUCCUCCCUCAUACGGCUUUGGGCGCAAGUGA